AUGGUGAGCCAGCACAGGGGCUGCACAGCCUCGUCCUCCUCGACUGCUAGAGGCAGCAACAGCAGAAGCAGCCCGGAUCCUGCAUCCCUGGAGGCUCAGGGGGAUCUGGCCACCCGUGGCAAGGAGCAGCCUGGGCCGGCGCGCAGCAGGAGCGCCGCCAGUCACCGCAGCGGCGGCGCCGGCAGCAGCGGCAAGCGGGCGCAGGCCAUGCCGUCUGACCUGCGCUGCCUCUAUCUCUACGUGCGCCUCGCCGCUCGGGUGCGGUGUAGACGGCGUGUAUCAGUCGCACCUCGAGCAGCAGUGGUGGGCAUAGACCUGGGCACCACCAACUCUGCCGUGGCCACGCUCGAAGGCGGCGCCCCCCGCGUGCUGAAGAACGCCCAGGGCUGCGCCGCUGUCCCAUCAAUAGUGGCGAUCGCCCAGGAUGGCAAGAUGCUGGUGGGCCAGGCGGUGAUAGACCCACCCGAAGGCUAUGCCACGCCCUACAGCAGCCGCCAGCCAGGCGAGGCCCAGGAGGGCGCCAUCAGGGUGCUCCCCUCCGACUGCUUCCAUUCCUUCAAGCGCCUGCUGGGCAAGAAGGCGGAAGAGGUGGCAGAGGAUGCGGCACGGCUGGGGUACAGCGUCGGGCAGGGCGACCGCGGCGAGGCCGCAGUGUACUGCCCUGCGCUGGACGACAUGCUCACGCCUGAGGAGCUCUCCACCUGGGUGCUGCAGCACCUGAAGCAGGCGGCAGAGGAGCAGCUGGGGGAGGCGGUGACGGGCGCGGUGGUCACCGUGCCCGCCCACUUCCAGCAGGCGCAGCAGGGCGCGACGCACGCGGCGGCGCAGCAGGCGGGCAUCCCCGCGGUGCAGCUGCUGCAGGAGCCGGUGGCGGCGGCGCUGGCCUACGGCAUCCACGGCGGCGCCGACGGCGACACGGUGCUGGUGUUCGAUGUGGGUGGCGGAACCUUUGACGUCAGGCGAGCUCACAUCCUGCAGGCGUUUGAGGGGAUCAUGGAAGUGCUGGGCACCGCUGGCGAUGCCAGCCUGGGCGGCAACGACUUCGAUGCCCGGCUGGCCGACUGGCUGCUGGCUGAGUGCGCGGCUCGUGACGGCGGCGGCAGCAGUGGCGGGGCCGCGGAUCCAGGGCAGCUGCAGUGGGCCAUGGCUGCGGCCGAGGCAGCCAAGAUAGCGAUGGCGGGGGCGGAGAGCGCCGAGGUGGCGCUGCCAGGCGGCGGCGCCCCGCUGGCUCUGACUCAGCACCGGUUCGAGGAGCUCAGCUCCGACCUGUUCCAGCUCAUGGCGAAUGUGCUGGAGGCGCUGGGGGAUGCCCUGUUCAUAGAGUGGGCGGUCAAGCCCUCAGACGCAGUGCCCGGCCGGCCGGCGGCCAGCGCUAGCAGCAAUGGCAACAGCAGCAGCGGCAGCGGCAGCAGCAGCGGCGGCGGUGGCGGCAGCAGCAUCCAGGAGGGCGGCGGCGGGCAGCGGGACAGGUGGGCGCCGCCGCCGCGCCGCAUCACCCAGGUGGCGCUGGUGGGGCAGGUCACGCGGCUGCCCAGCGUGCAGCGGUUUGUGCGGCGCAUCACAGGGGUGCAGCCGCAGAUGGGGGUGGACCCAGCAGAGGCAGUGGCGCUAGGUGCUGCCAUCCACGCGGGCGUGCUGCUGGGAGAGGUGAGCGGCGUGGAGCUCAUGGAUGGCAGCUACUCACAAGACCUGCACGACAGAGCCACCGGCUUCAGCGGCUGGCAGCCUUGA